GCCCUCAUCGCUCCCGUCAUUGUCUUCACCAACUUCAUGCUCAUCGCCGCCAUCCUCCUGUACCCCGGGGGGCUGAUGAACACGACCAUCUACAUCAUGAGCCUCGCCAUCGCCGGCCUCAUCCUCGGCGGCAUCAACCUGCCCGUCGCCGUGCUGAUCCACGAGUUCAUCAUGGAGUACCGGUACCUCUGCGUCGUCUGGAUCACAAGCGUCAACGCCGUGCUGUGCGGCAUCAACUACACCAUCCUGAUGCUGUCCGUCGACCGGUACAUAGCCGUCAUGUCGCCGCUGGUGUACCGCAACUUCAUGACCCUGGAGAACACGGGCGCCGCCGUGAACCUCAUCUGGCUCGGGGUCAUCAUGCUGUCGACCCUGCCCAUCAUGCGCUGGAGCACGCUGCUGCUGUACCAGCGGGACAAGCACUGCUACCACUACUUCAUCCUGGCCCCGAACUUCGUGUACUGGACGACCGUCGUGACGAUGCCGAUGUGCCUGGGGCUGGCCCUCGUGCUCUACGUCCUCACUUUCGUCCGACUCGCCAGAGACGACAAGAGGCAGGCGCAGAGCCGGAGGACUAGCAUGUACAGCGCCGACGCGUCCGCGCUAUUCCUGCAGCGGGUUUCCAGCGUGAAGAUGGCUUUCAGUUUCACGGUGGUGUACAUCGUCUUAUGGCUGCCUUACUUUGUG